AUGACUGGCAGCUGCUGUUCUAGGAAAUGUCCCUCUCUGCCAGCCAUCUCUCUCUGCUCCACCGAGGUGAGCUGUGGAGGGCCUGUCUGCCUGCCCAGUUCUUGCCGGAGCCAGACGUGGCAGCUGGUGACCUGUGAGGACAGCUGUGGCUCAUCUGGCUGUGGCUCACAAUGCUGCCAGCCUUCUUGCUCUGUGAGUAGCUGCUGCCAACCUGUGUGCUGCGGGGCCACCAUCUGUGAACCUUCCUGCUCUGUGAGCAGCUGCUGCCAACCUAUGUGCUGUGAGGCCACCAUCUGUGAGCCUUCCUGCUCUGGGAGCAGCUGUGCCCAACCUGUGUGCUGUGAGGCCACUGUGUGUGAGCCUUCUUGCUCCGGGAACAGUUGCCAGCCUGUGUGUUGUGAGACUACUCCCUGCCAGCCAGUCCUCUGCAUACCCACGUCCUGCCAGUCUGCCUGUGAGCCCAGCUGCUGUUCAGCUUUCUGUACUGUGCCUGCCUCCUGCCAACCAAUGAUCUGUGAGCCCAUGGUCUGUGAGCCUGUGGUCUGCGAGCCGGUGGUCUGUGAGCCUGCUUGCUGCCAGCCGGUGUGCCCGACACCUAGUUGCUGUCCAUCUGUCUGCUCUGCAGCCAGCAGCUGCCAGCCAGUCUGCUGUGACUCCAGUCCCUGUGAGGCAUCUUGCUCAGAGUCAAGUGUCUGCCAGCCAGCAGCCUGUAUGGCUCUGGUGUGUGAGCCUGUUUGUCUCCGCCCUGUCUGUUGUGUUCAGAGCCCCUGUGAGCCGUCAUGUGUCUCCAGUAGCUGCCAAGAUUCUUCAUGCUGUGUGUCUAGUAUCUGCCAACCUGUCUGUCCUGAGCCCAGUCCUUGCCUGCCAUCUAUCUGUGUGUCUAGCCCAUGCCAACCUUCCUGCUACAUAGUCAAGCGCUGUCGUUCUGUCUCCUGUGAGCCGGUUUCCUGCCCACCUACCUCUUGCCAGCCUCUCUGCUGCCGUCCUGGGUCCUCUGCAUCUGCCAUCUGCCAGCCAACCUGUCCUCCUCGGACUUUCUACAUACCUAGUUCCUCCAAGCAACCUUGCAGCCCGGUUUCCUGCCGCCCCAUCUGCCGUCCCAUCUGCCGCCCUAUCUGCUCUGGACCCAUCACCUUCAGGCCGCCGUAUGUGACAUCCAUCUCCUACCGCCCAGCCUGCUACCGUUCAUGCUACUCCAUCCUGCGCCGCCCCACCUGCCUCACUUCCUACUCCUACCGCCCUGUCUGCUCCCGCCAGCCCUGCACCGAUUCCGACUCCUGUAAGGGGGACAGAAGGAAGUCUACUUCCAGCCAACCCGAUUGUGCCAACUCAACCCCCUGCAAGGUGGAGGUCUCAGAUGAGACUCCCUGCCAGCCCUCGGAGGCCAAACCUACCAACCCGACCACCGGUGAGGCUGCAGCUCCUCAACCUGCGGCCAGCAAGCCUGCUGACCGCUGA